CCGGCCCACCUGUGGCAGACAACGACAGCCCAGAGCGACUGGCAGCACCGUUACACGGGACUUCCUCACCUCCGCUCUCCAAAUUCACACCAAAGACCUCCAACAUGUUCCUCUGUCACCUCCUCGUCGUGUUUCUGCUGGGCACCGUCGCCAACGGAAUGACAGCAUCGGAUCCUACCACACAUUCUACCACUGAUUAUGUCAGCACCCUUGGUGGGAGCACAGCCUCCACUUCUGAAGCCCCUGGCACACCUUCACCCUCACCAACAACUACAAGCUCAACUUCUACACCCUCACAGCAGGGAACCACCACAGUGUUAAGCACCACCCUAGAAACCAGCGAUUCUCCACCCUCACCGACAACCACCCAGGAGCAAUCCACCACAACAGUAACGUCUACAACAGAGCCUACAACUGAUGAAUCAACCACCACACUGACAGCAAGCACGACCACUAGUACGGAAACAGGAAGUACACCAUCAGUCAGCACAUCUGUGACUACGGAGAUGAUGUCCUCCCCUCUGCCCACUGAGUCAACCACCACUCACUCUGCCACCACCUUGGAAGUUUCUGACACCACUGUGUCUGGGAGUGCUAGCUCAUCUACCACCAGCCCAGUUGACUUCGCAUCAACUCCACACAGUGGUACAACCCUGUCGUCUGAAACCACAAAGACAAGCCUACCCUCCACAACUAGUGAGAUAACGUCCACUGCAUCCCACAAUACCACACACAUCACAACCACAGCACAUACAGGGACUGACCUUACUAACUCUCCUGUAACUACAGAGAGACCCACUACCAUUUCCAUGCAGACAGUAACCUCAGCACCCACAGAACCUGCAACUGCACUAACCACAGAGCCAGUAGACACCACUAACACCACCUCCGCAGUUCCCACGUCCUCUCCAGAAAACAGCACACCUACACUUACUACUACUGCACUAACCACAGAGCCCACAGAGACCACUAACACCACCUCCGCAGUUCCCACGCCCUCUCCAGAAAACAGCACACCUACACUUACUACUACUACACUAACCACAGAGCCCACAGAGACCACUAACACCACCUCCGCAGUUCCCACGUCCUCUCCAGAAAACAGCACACCUACACUUACUACUACUGCACUAACCACAGAGCCCACAGAGACCACUAACACUACCUCCGCAGUUCCCACGUCCUCUCCAGAAAACAGCACACCUACACUUACUACUACUACACUAACCACAGAGCCCAUAGAGACCACUAACACCACCUCCGCAGUUCCUACAUCCUCUCCAGAAAACAGCACACCUACAGUUACUACUGCACUAACCACAGAGCCCACAGAGACCACUAACACCACCUCCGCAGUUCCCACAUCCUCUCCAGAAAACAGCACACCUACAGUUACUACUGCACUAACCACAGAGCCCACAGAGACCACUAACACCACCUCCGCAGUUCCCACGUCCUCUCCAGAAAACACUACACCCACAGUUACUACUGCUACACUAACCACAGAGCCCACAGAGACCACUAACACCACCUCCGCAGUUCCUACAUCCUCUCCAGAAAACACUACACCCACAGUUACUACUACUGCACUAACCACAGAGCCCAUAGAGACCACUAACACCACCUCCGCAGUUCCCACGUCCUCUCCAGAAAACACUACACCCACAGUUACUACUGCUACACUAACCACAGAGCCCACAGAGACCACUAACACCACCUCCGCAGUUCCUACAUCCUCUCCAGAAAACACUACACCCACAGUUACUACUGCUACACUAACCACAGAGCCCAUAGAGACCACUAACACCACCUCCGCAGUUCCUACAUCCUCUCCAGAAAACAGCACACCUACAGUUACUACUACUGCACUAACCACAGAGCCCACAGAGACCACUAACACCACCUCCGCAGUUCCCACAUCCUCUCCAGAAAACACUACACCCACAGUUACUACUGCUACACUAACCACAGAGCCCAUAGAGACCACUAACACCACCUCCGCAGUUCCUACAUCCUCUCCAGAAAACAGCACACCUACAGUUACUACUGCUACACUAACCACAGAGCCCACAGAGACCACUAACACCACCUCCACAGUUCCCACGUCCUCUCCAGAAAACACUACACCCACAGUUACUACUGCUACACUAACCACAGAGCCCAUAGAGACCACUAACACCACCUCCGCAGUUCCCACGUCCUCUCCAGAAAACAGCACACCUACAGUUACUACUGCACUAACCACAGAGCCCACAGAGACCACUAACACCACCUCCGCAGUUCCCACAUCCUCUCCAGAAAACAGCACACCUACAGUUACUACUACUGCACUAACCACAGAGCCCACAGAGACCACUAACACCACCUCCGCAGUUCCCACGUCCUCUCCAGAAAACAGCACACCUACAGUUACUACUGCUACACUAACCACAGAGCCCACUAACAACUCUUCAGCAGUUCCCACAUCCUCCUCUGCACCUCCCUCUUCAACCUCAUCCAUCACCACAGACACUACCAGUAGCACAGAGAUGACUACACUCACAACUGGACCCCCACCCUCUUCACCUUCUUCCAUCUCAACCUCCAGCUCUCUCCCUACUAACACCUCCCCAGGCAGUAGCACCGUAGUCCCCACUGGAAAUACUACCACCCCUAAUCCCUCAACAACCACCUCUGGAGUGACGGACCACACUACUGAAACCACUGGUUUAACUCAUUCCACUGAGCCAACCAGUGGAAUCAUAGUCUCCACCACAGUCUCCUCCUCUACCGUCCUCACCACUACUGACAAUACCAUCAGCACCGUCAACCCAACAAGUACCACAAUGCGGCCAACAGACAUCACCAACAACUCGACCACAACAAUGCCGCAGACCACCACCCCGAUUCCUCCUUUCAUAGAGUGUCCUGCCAGACCUUGUCCAGUUGAAACUGCCUGUGUCGAUGGCACCUGUCAGUGUAUCUCUGGUACCUUCCUGCAAAAUGGCCGUUGUACACCAGCCCAAGUGUUCCCCGGCCAGCUUCAUCUCACCUCCUUGACAUUUCAAAGUGAAAUGAGCGACAGGACCUCAGCGAUAUUUCUGAACACAGCAGCCAAUAUAUCGGCGGCGCUCAAAGUUGUCUUUGAAAAUGAACCAGGAUAUAUACAGUCUGACGUUGUGAAACUGACGCAAGGCAGCGUACAAGCAACUGUGAAUAACAUCUUUGAGGAUACCAAUGCCACUCAAGACUCUGUUGAUGAGCUUAUUAAACAGGCUAUAAACAGCUCUACUGAUGGACUGUUGGCUCAGGCAACAUAUAAUGGAACGAGCCUGUGUGACCAGGAGCCGACGCCCUGUGAUGCCCUCACGACUACAUGCUCACUGAGAGACGGCCGGGCCUCGUGUACCUGCAGACCUGGCUACAUCAUUGACACGUACUCAACACUGAGCUGCAGACCUUGUCCAAGUGGAUACAGGGAAGUGGACGGCGAAUGCGAACCAUGUCCAUUUGGCUAUUCUGGGUUCAACUGCGAUGACUCGGCUCUGCUGGCGGUGGUGGUCAUCUCCUGUGUCCUGGGGGGAGUUCUGCUCAUCAUGGUGCUGUCCUUGCUCAUAUACUGCAUCUGGAGGAACUGCUCAAACGGAAAGACUGAGUACAACAAUAGUCCGUACCCUGUGGAGGCCUUCAGUGGCUCCUUGUCCAGUCAAGGAAUCACUCCCAUCCCUCGGGCCACCACUAAGUGGGAUGCAGCUCCUCCCAUAGAGAUGACAGAGGGGGGCAGCACUCACAACCUGGUGGACAAAAACAGCCAGACGAAUGGAGGGACUGGAUCAUACGAUCUCAACCCUGAUCGAAUGAAGACCUUCACAGGUAAAAAUCCGUCCCGUUACUCCUACCUGGUCCAAGGUCAUGAGAACCCCUACUUCUUACCAGGCGAUGAUAAGAGAAAUUGAACAUCUGGGGAGCUGGGAAAGGGAGUUCAAGCAGAACUGAGGAAUAACACACUGAAACGGAUCAAAGAGAAGUCACUGAAUCAAACCUCUGGGAAUACUGGUUACCUUGUUUUACUGAAGAGCACAAACUGUCUGAGUAAUGCCACAUUAUUUAUCAAGAUAGAUGGGAACUUGCUUGGACUCAUGGCAAAUCACAAAGGGCAUUGCUUAAAUCAAGACUCUACACAAGCACCAAAGAGAUUCAUUCAUUCGUUGCUCAUGUUAAAUACAAGAAUUUUUGAAGAAUGUUUUUUUUUUUUUUUUAUGAGACUGUGUGUGUUAUGUCUGUUCUUGAGAGUGGGCUCAUGUUUCUGAUCAUAACCAGUAGAUGUCGCAAUUGUUCAAUAUAAUCCUCACACACUUUUUAGUGGAACAGGUGACUUUAGCGCGCUUUAAACAAAUCAUCUCGCAUUGUUUCAAAAUGAGCGUAGAAAUGUGUAAUUCAUGUCCUGCAAAUUGCACCAAACUGUGUGUAAUGUUUACUAUGUUUUUGCUCAGAAAUCAAAGGCAGAUUGGGUGUGAGAAUGUUUGUGGGGUUUAGGGCCUGCUAGAUAUUUUUGCUUUACCGGUAUAAUUGUUCUCUAGAAGAAUAACCUUUGAAUGGCUUAAGGGGCUGGAUCCCUGCGUAGGUGUAAUUCUAAAGGGAUUUAUUUUGUAGCAGUCUGGAGCUGAGCACGUCUCUGUUUGUGGGCACUUCCCUGUUGAGGCUGCUGCACUCAAAAUGUGCCUGUUUUGAUAGUCUGUUUGAAGACUACCAACCAUUAUGCAAUGCUUGUGAUGAAUCCUGUCUCUUGGAUGUGCCAAUUAUCACUUGUGUACAUUUCUUUUGGAAACACGAGUGUAAUGUCGCAGAUGUAUGUUUUCCGUGUGUCUCCGAGACAGUGCACUAUUUUAUAAGUGUGUAAACUUUUGUAAAUAAUUUAAGAUCUUUCCGCAGAGAUUGCUUGUGUAUGCAAAGGAAAUAAAUUAAUUAAGUUAAACAUGA